CCGGGGCUGAGCUCCGGACCAUGUCCUCCCGCAGCCCCCGGCCCCCGCCCCGCCGCUGCCGCCGCCGCCUGCCGCGCCCCUCCUGCUGCUGCUGCUGCUGCCGCCGCUCGCACCUCAACGAGGACACGGGUCGCUUCGUGCUGCUGGCGGCGCUCAUCGGCCUCUACCUGGUGGCCGGCGCCACAGUCUUCUCUGCGCUCGAGAGCCCCGGCGAGGCGGAGGCGCGGGCGCGCUGGGGCGCCACGCUGCGCAACUUCAGCGCAGCGCACGGCGUGGCCGAGCCGGAGCUGCGCGCCUUCCUCCGGCACUACGAGGCCGCGCUGGCCGCCGGCGUCCGAGCAGACGCGCUGCGCCCGCGCUGGGACUUCCCCGGCGCCUUCUACUUCGUGGGCACCGUGGUAUCGACCAUAGGUUUCGGCAUGACCACCCCCGCGACGGUGGGCGGGAAGGCCUUCCUCAUCGCCUACGGGCUGUUCGGCUGCGCCGGGACCAUCUUGUUCUUCAACCUCUUCCUGGAGCGCAUCAUCUCGCUGCUGGCCUUCAUCAUGCGAGCCUGCCGGGAACGCCAGUUGCGCCGCAGCGGCCUGCUGCCCGCCACCUUCCGCCGCGGCUCGGCGCUCUCGGAGGCCGACUGCCUGGCCGGCUGGAAGCCCUCGGUGUACCACGUGCUGCUGAUCCUGGGCCUGUUCGCCGUGCUGCUGUCUUGCUGCGCCUCGGCCAUGUACACCAGCGUGGAGGGCUGGGACUACGUGGACUCGCUCUACUUCUGCUUCGUCACCUUCAGCACCAUCGGCUUCGGGGACCUGGUGAGCAGCCAGCACGCCGCCUACCGGAACCAGGGGCUCUACCGCCUGGGCAACUUCCUCUUCAUCCUGCUCGGCGUGUGCUGCAUCUACUCGCUCUUCAACGUCAUCUCCAUCCUCAUCAAGCAGGUGCUCAACUGGAUGCUGCGCAAGCUGAGCUGCCGCUGCUGCGCGCGCUGCUGCCCGGCGCCCGGCGCGCCCCUCUCCCGGCGCAACGCCAUCACGCCGGGCUCCCGGCUGCGCCGCCGCCUGGCCGCGCUCGGCGCCGACCCCGCGGCCCGCGACAGCGACGCCGAGGGCCGCCGCCUGUCGGGCGAGCUCAUCUCCAUGCGCGACCUCACGGCCUCUAACAAGGUGUCGCUGGCGCUGUUGCAGAAGCAGCUGUCCGAGACGGCCAACGGCUACCCGCGCAGCGUGUGCGUCAACACGCGCCAGAACGGCUUCUCGGGCGGCGUGGGCGCGCUGGGCAUCAUGAACAACCGGCUGGCGGAGACCAGCGCCUCCAGGUAGACCGCCGGGCCGCGCCACGGACCCUCGGCAGGCUGGCGUGCCGCCGGCCGUGGUUAGCUUUCCUUCUCUCAGACGCUGGCGCUUUCUUAAUCUUUACCCAAUAAAAUCAAACCAAAAAAAAAAAAAAUUUUUUUUUUAAAGAAAUACUACUUGGCCAGGCCUGAUGUUAUCUAGGGCAGGUUUCGGGGGAGCCUGUUUUCCUCGUGGGUCCCCUCUUGAAGAACCGUGGCCCCCGGCAGAUUCUCCUCCAGGGAGAGAGAAAGUGGCACCCCAGACCCUCACCCGGUGCAUACCGCAGCGAGGAGAGGGCCAUCCCUGGGUUUUGCGGACUGGCACUAAACCCCGUCCCCAUGCACACAAGCAGC